CUAUUUUAUCAUAAUUAAGUAGGAGAGUGGAGUAAACACUUUAGUGUUAUUCUUUCACUGGACGUACUUUGAGCAGGAUCUAAAAUGGCAGACGAGCCAACAGUAAUCGCAGUCUGGCUACUGACGGUCGAGGUGAUAUCGACUCUGUUAAGGAUUAUUUUCGAGCUGGUUCGAGGCAUUUAUCUUUCAUUUGUACCACCUGCUCCGAAAGAUGUUUCGGGAGAAAUUAUACUGAUAACAGGGGCAGGACAUGGCAUGGGCCGCGAAGUGGCCAUUAGGUUCGCCAAGCUGGGAGCUACCAUCGUAUGUGUAGACAUUAACAAGGAGAGCAACCAGGAAACUGUAGACCUGAUCAAGGAGGCUAAGGGUACUGCUCACAGAUUCGAGGCAGACGUCACAGACCGCGAAGCAGUAUUCAAGCUAGCGCAACGUGUAACAAUCGAAGUCGGUGACGUGACAAUCCUGGUGAACAACGCCGGCAUCAUGCCCUGCAAGCCGCUGCUGCGAUGGUCGGAGCAGGAGGUGCGCUCCACCAUGGAUAUUAACGUCAAUGGGAACAUUUGGAUGAUCCAAGCCUUCCUCCCCACUAUGCUCGAGCGCAACUACGGUCACAUCGUAGCCAUGUCGUCCAUGGCUGGCAUGAUGCCCGUACCCAAUCUGGUGCCCUACUGCGGCUCCAAAUUCGCUGUCAGGGCUAUUAUGGACACAUUAGCACUGGAGCUUCAGAGCCAGCCGAGGGAUGCCAGUGGACUAAAGUUCACCACCAUCUGUCCCUUCGUGGUAAACACGGGUCUCUGCCACCGGCCGAAGUCUCGCUUCCCCGCACUCAUCAAAACUGUAGAGACUGCUGAUGCUGCUGACAAAAUCGUGGAUGCUGUGCGACGAGAGAUUAGAGAAAUAUCCAUACCUGGGGACCUGCAUUACCUUGUCAGGUACUUCAUGUGGUUAGUGCCAUUCCCUGUCGUCAAGAUCAUCAACUCGUUUAUAGACGCUGGCGUCAACCCACACGACUAGAAGAGUAACAAUUAAAAAAAGGAAUGAAUUAACUAUCGCGGUAACCAAAGAUAAUAUAGAAGAAAGUCAAGUAUAAGAGCGAACCGAUCCCACUAACUUGAGUUACCAAGACUAGAAUGCCUAGCGACAUCUAUUCUAACGUAAGGGUACUAGACUAGAUAUCUUAACGAAACAGACAAUAGUCGUCACAAAUUGGCACUUUUUUAAAGUUAGUAAACUUCUAGUCUAGCUAGUUUAGCUUCUAAGUAGGUAUCAGAAUUUAGAGUACCUAAUUAAAUUUAGAGUAUCAUCCGCGUUUAAAGUACAUUGCAUAUCGCUCGCGGCUUUCUAGUGAAAUGAAAUGACAAAUAUCUGUAGGUAUUUACAUACCCGUACAGGUUUAUAUAUAUUUUUAAACUAUGAUAUUGCUAGUUCUAUGUACCACAGAGACUUUAUACAUAAUGCGAGUAGACUUCUUAUGAACAACCAUGUACCUCCUUUGUUUCUAUUUACAUAGUAGAUCUAAGUAAAACCAAUAAAUAUUAUAAAUACGUUA